AUGUUCACAGACAAAUCUAUCAGAAUCUUUCAAUUCGUUGCCGUCUUUUUAGCUUUUUCUAGUCAUCACUUUACCAGUGGUAAAGCCGUCUCAACUUCCGCCGGUAAUGAGGUUGUUCAAACUCCAAGUAAUGCCCCAGCCACAAAUAAACCACAGCCUAUGACUGAAGGACCGCAACUUUGUAGUCAAGGUUUUGGACAACACCGCACACAAAAAGGAAAUUUCUCUAUUAAAGCUGAUCUUGAAGUUUCAACACCUUGUCAAACCAAAAAAUCUGUCUUUAUGUGUUUACCUUCUUCAUGUCGUUCACAAGACAAAAAGCCCCACGUCUUUGCUACUGGAUGCGAGGGUUCUUCAGGUCCAACACAGUGCUUGUCUUACGCUUUCAAGCCUGAAAUCCCGGCUAAAUCAUUCGGAAGUUCGCCUAUUCCUGUCCAAUCCUCUAAAGCUCCUCGCCCAAUUACCCGUAGAGCUGCACCAGAAAAGAAAGAACAAACUUUUGUGGUUAAAGCUCCAUUGGAGUGCGUGACUUCAGCUACUCCACCUAAAACAGUAGGAUGCCAAAAGUUGGAAAGUGUUAUGGAAUGUACUAAAUGUCAAAUACUUGUCUAG